CCAAGAGAGCACAAGUUAACCUUCAUCUGUCCCGAUAUGCCGAAUUCAAGCAGCUCCACAUCUUCCACAAAGAGCCUCCGGAGAGCUGCGUCUGAACUCGAGCGCUCCGAUUCCAUUACGGUUUACAUAGACUGCAUUGAAGUUCUUAUGCGCUUUUGGAGAUGUAAAACACCUCCAUCUGAUGUCCAGAAGUCGCAGAAGUUUGUGGGAAGGCGGCAGAGUUUGAUCGAGGAUGCGCGGAAGGAGCGCGAGGCGGCGGCCGCGGCGGCGGAGGCUGCGGGACUCAGCGAGCAGAUCGUGUUUGAGGAGAGCGAUGGAAAAGCUUUGCUCAGUCUCUUCUUCUCACUGAGGAGUUCAAAGAGCCCAGCGCUGUCCCGCACUCUCAAGGUUUUUGAGACAUUUGAAGCCAAGAUCCAUCAUCUUGAGACCAGACCCAGCCGGAAACCAAAGGAUGGUUUGGAGGAUCUGGAGUAUUAUGUUCAGUGUGAGGUGCACCUGUCAGACGUCAGCACACUGGUCAGCUCUCUCAAGAAAAGCGCAGAGGAUGUCAAAACCACUAAAGAGGUCAAAUUUCAUUGGUUUCCCAGAAAAAUUGCUGAACUGGAUAAAUGUCAUCAUCUCGUCACCAAAUUUGAUCCGGAUCUGGAUCAGGAUCAUCCAGGAUUUACUGACCCCGUUUACAGAAAACGACGGAAGAUGAUUGGAGACAUUGCCUUCAAAUACAAACAAGGAGAACCGAUUCCCAGAGUGGAGUAUAUGGAAGAGGAGAUCGAAACAUGGUGUGAGGUUUACUCCACCCUCAGAGAUCUGUACACCACCCAUGCCUGUAGUGAACAUUUAGAGGCUUUCCACUUACUGGAGAAACACUGUGGCUACAGUCCUGAUAACAUCCCUCAGCUGGAGGAUGUGUCCCGCUUCUUAAAAGGUACCAAUCCGAUUAUAGCACAGCUAGAAAACAGCACAACCCAGCGCACAGGGUUUCAGCUGCGUCCGGUGGCAGGUCUGCUCUCCGCUCGGGAUUUUUUGGCCAGUCUGGCGUUCCGUGUGUUCCAGUGCACACAAUACAUACGGCACGCUUCCUCCCCCAUGCACUCGCCCGAACCGGAUUGUGUCCAUGAACUUCUCGGACAUGUACCGAUAUUGGCUGACAGAACAUUUGCACAGUUUUCUCAGAACAUUGGUCUGGCCUCUCUUGGAGCUUCUGAUGAAGAUAUUGAGAAACUGUCAACACUGUACUGGUUCACGGUUGAGUUUGGACUGUGCAAGCAGGGAGGGGCGGUCAAAGCGUACGGUGCAGGACUGCUCUCAUCUUAUGGCGAGCUGGUGCAUUCUCUCUCAGAUGAGCCAGAGCGACGAGAAUUUGACCCAGACACUGUAGCUGUUCAGCCGUACCAGGAUCAGACUUACCAGCCCGUCUAUUUUGUGUCUGAGAGCUUUUCAGAUACAACAGAGAAACUGAGAGCAUAUGUGACCCGCAUCAUGAGACCAUUUUCGGUGCGGUUUGACCCGUACACAGACAGCAUAGAAGUGCUGGACAACCCACUGAAGAUCCAGCAGGGGCUGGAGACCAUUAAAGACGAACUGAAGAUUCUCACAGAUGCCCUGAAUGUGUUGGCUUGAUUCUGCCGCGAGGAGCCAAUCAGCUGUCCCAUUUCUCUCUGCUUCAUAUGUGACAGUCUCAUCGAUAUGCUGUGUGUCUAUGUCCACAUCUGCUGCUACAGACGUUGUUGCUUUUAAAACGCUGAGUGCCAACCUCAAAACCUCACGUCGGAAGUUGAUUCCAGAAACCUUAAAAGGACUGUUCCCCCCAAAAUGAAAAUCAUGUUAUCAUUUAUAUCAUCUAUGUUGUUUCAAACCUAAAUGACUUUCUUUCUUCUGUGGAACAUGAAAGA